AUGGCCGAGCCCAACAAGGGCAAGGCAGCGCCUCCAGUCACAGCACCGACGACAGCUUUCGAUAGAUCUCCAAAACAACCAUCCACGCAGCCGUCCUCGUCUCCACCGCCCCUCCCACCGCGACGUCCUUCCAGCGCUGAUGGCUCACCACGACGACCUGAGUCGGCCCAGCUGCAGGCCAAGCCGACGACGGCCGUCUCCUCAAUCGAUAUCCAGACCCUCUCUUUCCCCGACGGCUCGCGCGGCACCUUUUCGACGCCGGGCAUGCGCGCCGUGUCGACGACCGCCUCGUCCUCGACCUCUCCCAACCUGUCUUUACGAUCCAAACAACAGCACCGGCGAGCCGCCAGUAGCAGUGGUGGGAUUGGCAGUUUCGGUGAUGUGUCUGAAGUCCCGGCCGAUGCCGUGAGCGUUAUGAGCUUUGCGCCGACCAUGCGGCCACCGGGCGACCUGGCGAGCCUUGCCGUGGGCGACUUUCACCGAAAGAGUCGGGCCUGGACCCUGCUCAGGACGCAGGCCACAAGCGUGCAACCGUUUGAAAGCACGCGUAUUGCCCGUGUACCCUACUCGUUGGCUGAUUUUGACAAGGAGUUUGAGGAGCUGCACGACGGCGACGAGAGCGACAGUGGAGGGGGCGAGUUGGGCGACGGCGACGGCGCGGGCGGCGAACACAAACACGAAAUACCUAGUGAGGAACUGCGGUUGGCCGCUUGGAAGGCCAAACUGAAGCACUACAUGAUCCUGUCGUCGGCGGGCAAGCCCAUUUGGAGCCGCCACGGCGACCUGAGUCUGGUCAACUCGUACAUGGGCGUGAUCCAGACAAUCAUCUCGUUCUACGAGGGCGCCGACAACCCGCUGCAAGGGUUCACGGCAGGCAACGCGCGCUUUGUCAUUGUCAUUGAGGGCCCUCUCUACCUUUUGGCAAUCAGCCGCUUGGGCGAGAGCGAUGCCCAACUUCGUGAGCAGCUGCGGGCAUUGUACAUGCAGAUUCUCUCGACCUUGACGCUGCCUACGCUCACGCGCAUCUUCGCCAACCGGCCAUCCACUGAUCUGCGCAAACCACUGCAAGGCACCGAAGGUUUGCUGGCGUCGCUCGCCGAUAGCUUCACAAAGGGCUCGCCGUCGGCCAUGCUGGGCGCGCUCGAGUGCCUGCGGCUGCGCAAGUCUCAACGCGCCUCGAUCACAAGCACAUUUCUCAAACAGCGGACGGAUAAGCUGCUGUACGGGUUGAUUGUCGCGGGCGGCAAGCUCGUCAGUGUGAUCCGGCCACGCAAGCACUCAUUACACCCGAGUGAUCUGCAACUCAUUUUCAAUAUGCUCUUUGAGUCGGGUGGCAUCAAGGCUGGUGGCGGCGAAAACUGGAUCCCCCUGUGCUUGCCGGCCUUUAACAGCAGUGGCUACCUCUAUAUGUACGUUAGCUUUUUCGAUGCCGAGGGCGGUGAAGCGGAUGCAAAACCGAUUGUGUCUUCACCUACACCUACAUCGGACGACAAAAGCAUUGCCAUCAUCUUGAUCAGCGCCGACAAGGAAAGCUUUUUCGAACUCAAGGAAAUGCGCGACAAGGUGGCACAAAACAUGACCAAGAACGGGGGCCUAGCCCUGAUCCGCGACGCCAUCGCAGCCGGUCGGCCAAAGGUGGCCGACAUUGUAAAGCGACCGGGGACGGCCGUGCAGAUCCACCAUUUCCUGUACAAGUCACGCGCCAACGUGCAGUUUGCCAUGUCCUCUGAAGCAUCGCACGAGUCCCAAACACGAGAGGCCCGUCGUCGGCUCAUGACCGUGUACCACCAGCUGCACGCCGCCGUGCACGCGCGCCACGCCCACCUCAAGAUUUUGCACUGCGUGGGCGAGGACGCCACAAGUCUGGUGUGGGUGACGCCCGUCUUUGAGUUUUACUGCGUGGCCGGGCCGAAUGCGUCGCGCGCCGUGGUCACACAAGAUGCCAACCGCAUCGUCCAGUGGGCGAAGCGGGAGGAAGAGCGGUUGUUUAUUAUCGGCGGUGGCGUCUUUUAG